AUGUGUCAUGUUGUCACAGUGAUUGUAUCCAGCUUAGUAGGCAAAUUCCUGGACAAGAUAGCUUUGCGUCUCGAUUCACCUCAGUCAUCGUCUGGUUUUAGCUCAGUUCACAGCUCCUUUCAGUUCAGGUUACAAGUUAUAUAUGAAUACAAGUCAAAACCUAACACAAUGCUCAAGUUUUCGCCCAAGAAUUCGAUCAGCAAGGCAAAGCCGAGAGUACGCGAUAGCCACAUGCCAAAUCUGGCGGAGUACACCAAUCCACGUACCCUGCGUUCCCUGUACAGCAUGCACCCAAAUGCGUUGUGCAGCCAGGCGGCAGCAAGUAGAGUGGCAGCCUUGACUUCCUCGGCCAGAGUCAACGAGCAGGUGGAACCUCCACGCGUUUGGAACUGCAACAAACCCAAGAAGACGGCAACUAACCCCUACAACGUCUACUCCAAGCAAAGAAACAAGUUAAGCGGCAAGAGCGGAUCCAAGACGAGCAUCAGGCGGUGGGUGCAUCCCCCUUAUCCCGUCCAUCGUCCCAAGAAGAAUGGCAAGAAGCGCGAGGGGUCGCUCAACUACGAGUCCUUCUAUGUGCCCUACGAGCAAGACGAUACUACAAUUGGCAAUCAAGCGGCAGUAAAUCCCAGGACUGAUAAUAAGGAGCCAGCAGAGGAGCCACGUAGUAGAUCGUUCAAGCGCUUGCAGACGGCGGGCGUGCGGUAUGCUCUAAAGAUCGCUGAGAUGGCCAGCCUGAUUGAGGAGGUCAAGUCGCAUUCGAUGGCGGUGAACGACGAUGAAACGAAGUCCAUGAUGAAUGUGCCGUUGCUACUGCCGCCGUCGGAGUUCGCCGAAGAUCCCAUUGAGUCCGGGAAGCGCUUCGUCCUGCUCCGCUCCCGCACUGAGAUGCGCUUCCCGACUUUGGGUUGCGAUGAGUUGCUGUACAAGUACGCCUGCCAUCUGCCCUUUGUUCAAGAUCCAUCGAAACCAGAUGUAAAGCGGCCAAAGAUGAAUGGACUGUCAUUUCGGCCGCUGUUAGGAGAAGAUCUCAAUUGAAGGGAAUUCAUGCACAACUUAACUAGGCACCAUGCCAUUAUAUUUUAUUACUUGUUUUUGUUGAAUUCGAGUAAAAUUCAGAAUUCAUAUGGAAAA